GUUUAUCUCCCGCGCAUGCGCAGUGUUGAAACGGAAGCCUCUUCAGUGCAGAGCGGAAGUGGAUUCGUCCUUUUUCAACCACGGUCUGCCAUCAUGGUUUUUAAGCGCUUUGUCGAAAUCGGCCGCGUUGCAUUCGUAGCCUUCGGGCCUUACGAGGGGAAGCUGGUGGCGAUUGUAGAUGUUAUUGACCAAAACAGGGCGCUGGUGGACGGCCCGUGCACCGGGGUCAAGAGGCAGGCCAUGCCCUUCAAGUGCCUGCAGCUCACAGACUACGUCAUCAAGGUCCCUCACAGUGCCCGUCAGAAGUACGUGAGGCGAGCCUGGGAGAAGGCCGAGGUCAACAAGAAGUGGGAAGAGAGCAGCUGGGCCAAGAAGAUCGAGGCCAGGAAGAAGAGGGCAAAGAUGUCUGACUUCGAUCGCUUCAAGGUGAUGAAGGCCAAGAAAAUGAGGAACAAGAUCAUCAAGCACGAGAUGAAGAAGCUCCAGAAAGCUGAACAAAAGAAAGCAUAAACUAUCAUAAAUAAACGUGUUUGACUUGUAAACUUGA